AAACAGAGAAAUGGAAACAAUAUCUAAUUUCGGCAUCACAACGUUCCUAGCAACAUGCUUACUUUCACUAAUCUUCUUCAAACUCAUAUCCAUUAAGAAAAGAUCGCCAGCGGCGCCGCCACUUCCACCAGGUCCGAGGGCCUUCCCUUUAGUUGGCAGCCUUCCGCAAAUGCUGACAAACAAGCCUGUUUCCCGAUGGAUACACAAUCUCAUGCAACAACUCAACACAGAGAUCGCCUGCAUCAAACUCGGCGGCGUCCACGUCAUCUCCGUCACUUCUCCAGAACUCUCUAGAGAGUUCUUGAAGAAGCACGACGCCGUCUUCGCCUCCAGGCCAAACGCCCUUGCUGCCCGCCUUGUCAGCGAUGGGUACCUGACGUUGGCCCUUUCGCCAUCCGGUGAUCAGUGGAAGAAAAUGAGGAGAGUUAUGGCAUCAGAGGUGCUCACCUCGGGUGUGUUCAGGCGGCUCCACGCAAAGAGAUGUGAGGAGGCCGACCAUCUCGUAAAAUAUGUCUUCAACCAGUGGAAGAAUCCAGGCAUCAAUGGGGUGGUGAACUUGAGAGAUGCAACCCAACAUUAUUGUGGCAAUGUGACUAGGAAAAUGGUGUUUGGUGAGAGGUUUUUCGGGCCGGGAAUGGAGGAUGGGGGCCCGGGAAUUGAAGAGAGAGAACAUGUGGAUGGAUUGUUCACAAUUCUUUCUUGUCUCUAUGCGUUCGGUGUUGCUGAUUUUGUACCGUGGUUGGAGGUUCUCGAUUUGGAUGGACACAAAAGGAUUGUAAGGAACGCCAUUGAGAAUGUCAGAAAGUACCAAGAUCCGGCGAUCGAUAAAAGAAUGGAAAUGUGGAAUCUAGGGCUGAAGAGUGAAGGAGAUGAUAUUCUUGAUAUUCUUAUUAACCUCAAGAACUCAGAAAACGAACCCCUCUUGUCAAUUCGAGAGAUAAAAGCUCUAAUUGUGGAAAUAAUGAUUGAGGCAGUUGACAAUCCAUCUAAUGCAGCUGAGUGGGCUAUGGCAGAGAUGAUCAAUCAACCAGACCUUCUUGCUAAGGCAUGUGAAGAGUUAGACCGUGUUGUAGGCAAGAAUAGGUUAGUCCAGGAAUCGGAUAUGCCUAAACUAAAUUAUAUCAAAGCUUGUUUGAAAGAGUCGUUCAGGUUACAUCCAUUAGCACCGUUUAAUGUCCCUCACAUUUCGAGCAAAGAUACUAUUGUGGGUGGCUACUCGAUCCCAAAGAAGAGCUAUGUGGUCCUUAGUCGACGUGGCUUGGGACGGAACCCUAGGAUUUGGGAUGAGCCUCUCAAAUUCAAGCCUGAGCGGCACAUUGUUGACGGAGGAUCUGAAGUUGUGCUUUCUGAUCAUGACUUGCGAAUCUUAUCAUUUAGUACUGGAAGGCGCGGAUGCCCUGGAAUUGUUCUUGGUUCUACCAUGAGCACCAUACUUCUCGCCAAACUUAUUCAGGGUUUUAGCUGGAGGCCACCUAUCGGUACAAACAACAUUAACUUGGCCGAGUCAUCAGGAGACGAUGGCGCAUUGGCUAAGCCUCUAAUUGCUCACGCAACACCUCGGUUGGACCUGCAAAUAUAUUCGCAACUAAUGGAAUACUAAUAUCGUAUUUAUGUGAGUUGAGUUAUACUUUCAAACUAUAUUGUAACCAUGAAACAUGAUGUAGUUAGUAAGAUGCUUUCUUUUUAAUGAAUAGGUUUUGAGGGUUUGAGUCAACUAAUUUGGGGGAUCGUGGAAGCGUUAUUUGUGAAUUUAUGUAUACGUCUUGCUAAAUGUUCAAUUAUUAAUUAUUAAUAAUAAAUCUUGCAUUGUAUCUUUA